GCCGAAACGAACUAGGCAUCGUCUUCUCCAUAUACUAGUAUUCUUUGGAGAGCUUGUUUCUUACAUAACUAGAACUCUGCAAAUCGGCAGUAAGCAACGAUGGGGAAGAACCAUAAGGUAGGGUUAGGGAGAGCCCUUGUGAAGCACCACAACAAGAUGAUACUUGAAUCGAAGGAGAAAGGACGCUUCUACAGGAGCCAGGAGAAGGUGCUCGAAUCGGUCACCGACAUCAACGAUAUUGACGCCGUCAUCGGUCAGGCUGAUGAGGCGGCGCGCCUAUUCUCUUCUGACAACCCUGUGCCCAACCUCCUUGUUGACCAAGGUUCAAGCUCGGGUGUUGUUAGUAACAUAACACCGUUGGUGGAGAUGAGGGAGCAACAGAUGAUAGAAGAGGCAUUGCAUGCUAGUAGUCUUCAGGUUCCACGCAGGCCACCUUGGAAUGCAAAAAUGACUUUCGAAGAACUUGAUACCAAUGAAAGACAGGCUUUCUUGAUUUGGAGGCGCUCCCUCGCGAGACUCGAAGAUAAUGAUAAACUUGUCCUAACUCCAUUUGAGAAGAAUCUGGACAUAUGGAGGCAACUUUGGCGUGUGGUUGAGCGUAGUGAUCUGUUGGUCAUGGUUGUUGAUGCCAGGGAUCCACUCUUUUACAGGUGCCCUGAUCUAGAGGUGUAUGCACGGGAAGUAGACAAACACAAAAGAACAUUGCUUCUUGUUAACAAGGCAGAUCUUUUGCCAGUUUCAGUCAGAGAGAAAUGGGCUCAAUAUUUCCGUCACAACGGGAUACUCUUUGUAUUCUGGUCAGCCAAGGCAGCUUCCACAGCUCUAGAAGGAAAAACCCUUGAUCUUCCUGAAGAGAGAGUAUCAGAAGAUCCCGAUACAAAUAUUUUCUUACGAGAAGAACUCCUUUCUCGUUUACAAUCCGAAGCAGAGGCAAUAGUCAUGAUGAGGAGGCAAAGUGACCGGGCACCCACGGGUGUUAUGGUGGGUUUUGUUGGGUAUCCCAACGUCGGCAAAAGUUCGACCAUCAACGCUUUAGUCGGCCAAAAGAAAACAGGCGUGACAUCAACCCCAGGAAAGACAAAACAUUUCCAAACCCUAAUAAUAUCGGAGAAACUAACUCUGUGCGAUUGUCCUGGUUUGGUUUUUCCUUCCUUCACAAGCUCAAGGUACGAGAUGAUUGCGUCAGGAGUGUUGCCAGUAGACAGAAUGACGGAGCACAGGGAAGCAGUUCAAGUGGUGGCGAAUCGAGUUCCAAGAAACGUAAUAGAGUCUCUCUACAAAAUCACUUUACCGAAACCGAAGCCAUACGAAUUACAAUCUCGCCCCCCACAUGCUUCUGAAUUGUUGAGGGCGUAUUGUGCUUCGAGAAGGUAUGUUGCGUCUAGUGGCCUUCCUGAUGAAACUAGAGCAUCUAGACAGAUUCUUAAGGAUUAUAUUGUCGGAAAACUGUCUCACUAUGAAAUGCCACCUGGAUUGGAGCCGGAGGUGGGUAUGGAGACCAUCUCAGAGUCGGAGGAGGUGACUGAAUCUGGAUCUGAAUCUGAAUUUGAAUCGGACGAGGGAGAUAUUGAGGAGGACGCAAUGUUGGAGGAUUUGAAAUCGUUUGAUUUGGCGAAUGGAUUAGUGGAUUUGGAGAAGAAGGUUUCGGAUGCCAGUAAGAAGAGGGCAGAAAAGGCACCGCAUAAGCAGCAUAGGAAACCUCAGAGGAAGAAGGAUAGGUCUUGGAGGGCACGGAAUCAGGAAGAAGAUGGAAUGCCCUCGGUUGUGAAAGUUUUUCGGAAACCUGCAAACACGGGCCCUGUAACGGUCAGAUGAAGAUUCAAACCCUCCAGAAUUGGUUCCUGUUGUGUGCUUGUGUUUUUAAUGUUUCUAUCUAGCAUUUUUGAAUACUUAUUACGGUUUUCAUGUUGAAAAAGACCAUCCACAGUUUUGUUUUCAAGAUUGGAAAGCUUUUGGUGAC